GAGAAACCCCCAAAAAACAAUCCGAACGUUAAAAUCGGUUCUCUCUUUCCUCCUCCCUCCACUCUCGUUCCCCUCUCUGUCUCUCUCUCUUCCCCCUUUUCCCCUCCAUAUUUCUCCCUCUUUCUCUCAGCAACAAUUAUAAACUCAAAUCCAAAUCCAACAACCCAAAAACCUAAGUGAAAAAUUCACCCACUUUCCAAUAAACAUCUCGUAGAAUUUCAGGAUUACAACAAUUGAGGCGAAUUCUUCAAUGAGAAAACUGAACAUUUCUCUGCUUGCUUCAUCAACAAUGGCGUAAUUCCCAGAUUCCAGUAAAGAGAGAAAACACCAUCACACCAGUUCCAAGAACAAGAAGAAGAGGAGAGAGAAAGUUGAAUUUUUAAAUCAAUUGAUAUAUAUGGCGGCGAUGGUUCCUGAAAGAUCGAGAACCCUCCAUAACUUCUCCUUACCACCUCGCUUAAACUGGGGUACUCAGAGACUCCUUCGCUGUGCCAAACUCUCCAACAGCAACAAUCCUUCUUCCUCAAAUGACGCCGUUUCCGAUUCCGCCGCCGCCACCGCCGCCGACCGCAAACGUCGCAACGCGUUGUUUCGAUCCCCGCCGCCGCCAUCGAUCCUCCGCGGCGAGGUGGAUAACCAAAUUGAGGUAAUUAGAGAAAAGAUCAUGCUCGAUCUUCGCUCUGAAGUCGACAAAAUCCACGCCACUUAUUUAAGCAAUUCCGAUUUUCCCCCUCCGCGUCCGCCAGAAUCACGGCCGUGGAAUCUCCGGACUCGCAGGUCUCCUGCAACCGUUGAGGUUUCUCCGGCUUUGAUGCCGGCGGAUGUUUGCGUCUCCAGUGGCGAUGGCGGGAGAGCGAAGUUUUCGGUGCCGUUAUCAAGGCAAGAAAUUGAGGAUGAUUUCGUUGAGAUGAUCGGUAGAAGACCUCCCCGGAAACCCAAGAAACGCCCUCGUUAUGUUCAGAAACAAUUGGAUACACUUUUUCCGGGGUUAUGGUUAUCGGAGAUUUCGCCGGAUAUGUAUAAAGUUGAUGUGAAUCCAGAGCCUCCUAAGGUGUGAAUGUGAAAAUAAGGAGACGAUCAGACAGGUGGCGACAGGCGUUUCAAGGUUGCUGGUCCAUUGACAUUGGUAAAUUGUGAUACUAGUAGAUUUAGUAUUACUGUAAUUGUAUUGGAAUUAUAUAGUGGAGUAGUGUCUCAGUGUCAGUGGAUCAGGGGGUUUAAGGCAGAAUAUGUUACAGUGAGUAGUAAUUUUCCUGUAUAGUUGGGCAGUUGGGAGUGUAAUUAGAGCUGAUAUGUUAGUUUCUUUGGAGUGUACUUUUUAUCGAUCAAUCAAUAUAAUUGAUAUUGCUUCUCCUUA